AAUCAAGUUAUAUGAAUUUAACAGCACCACCGGAUGUCGAUACCAUCAUAAUAAAAGCGCAAAACUAAAAUAUAGUACUUGUCACCAAAAUACUAAUUCAGUUUUCAUAGAGAGAUACUGAGUGGUUUUAUUUUGAAGGUUGGUAACCGGACGUUGAGUGUGCUUUGUGUGUAUGAUUGACACUGGGGAGAUUUCAGUGUUUUUGCUGCACUGACACAGCGGCUGGUUUGUUUGUUGUAGUCCCUCAGACAAGGCGGACCUGCUUUGUAUUUUCAGACAGCGACAUAACAGAUGUGAUGUCGGACUUCGAGGAAUUUGAAAAACAGCUGAGCGAGAAUCGACAGGAGAGAGAAAGAGAAAGACACAAAAAGAGGAGUCGCAGUGCAUCUCCCAGCCGAGGAGACAAACAUCGCAGCUGGAGCAAAGACCGAGGGAGUCGCAGCCGAGAGAAGCGGAGCCGCAGCCGAGACCGGAAGAGUCGGGACCGCCGCAGCUCCUCCCGGGACCACAAGAAGCACAGCCACUCUCCGAGGCGAACGAGGAAGAAAAGGACCUGCAGAUAUUGGGAUGUGCCCCCUCCUGGCUUUGAACACAUCACACCAAUGCAAUAUAAAGCUAUGCAAGCUGCCGGGCAGAUACCAACAAUCGCUCUGCUGGCGACGUCCACCACCACCGGAGUGGCUGCAGCGCCAACACAAGUGCCCAUCGUCGGCAGUCAGAUGACCAGGCAAGCCAGGCGCCUGUAUGUUGGGAAUAUUCCCUUCGGAGUGACUGAGGAGUCCAUGGCAGAGUUCUUCAAUGCUCAGAUGAGGCUCGCAGGCCUUUCGCAAGCCCCGAGCAACCCUGUGCUCGCCGUGCAGAUCAAUCAGGAUAAGAACUUUGCUUUCCUGGAGUUUCGGUCUGUGGAUGAGACGACGCAGGCCAUGGCCUUCGAUGGAAUCAUUUUCCAGGGUCAGUCGCUGAAGAUCAGAAGACCCCACGACUAUCGGCCUUUACCCGGCAUCUCAGAGCAGCCCGCUUUCCACGUCCCAGGCGUCGUCUCCACAGUCGUCCCCGAUUCGCCCCACAAACUGUUUAUAGGAGGUCUGCCCAACUACCUUAACGAUGACCAGGUGAAGGAGCUCUUGACAUCAUUUGGGCCUCUCAAAGCGUUCAAUCUAGUGAAGGACAGUGCCACGUCACUGUCAAAAGGUUACGCCUUUUGUGAAUAUGUGGACAUCAGUGCCACAGAUCAGGCAGUUGCUGGGCUCAAUGGGAUGCAACUGGGCGACAAAAAGCUGAUAGUCCAAAGGGCGAGCGUGGGAGCUAAAAAUGCCAAUCCUACCUCCAUCAUAGAGACUCCGGUGACACUGCAGGUCCCAGGACUUCAGAGGCUGCAGAACUCUGGCAUGCCCACCGAGGUGCUGUGCCUUCUCAACAUGGUGAUGCCCGAGGAACUGGUUGACGACGAGGACUACGAGGAGAUCCUGGAGGACAUCCGCGAGGAGUGCUGCAAGUACGGCACGGUCCGCUCCAUCGAGAUCCCCCGACCCGUCGACGGCGUGGAAGUCCCCGGCUGCGGAAAAAUCUUUGUGGAGUAUGUUUCUGCUGCGGACUGUCAGAAAGCCAUGCAAGCUCUCACUGGCCGCAAGUUUGCCAACAGAGUGGUGGUUACCAAAUACUACGAUCCAGACAUGUAUCACAGACACGAGUUUUGAAAGCACAAAAGAGCGGGGAGCGUCUCCGUCCUUCUUUCUGUUCGCAAGCUUGGGUUCAGUCGGUUUCCUCUUCCUCUGAGUGUUGUGAGCGUGUCAUCUCAACCUGGAAAACUCUUGUUUUACCUUCUACCUAACAAACUGGAGUGCAGUGUGUGUGUGUGUGUGUGUGUGUGUGUGUGGCUCUUCAGUACUGAAUACCUAACUCCAGCUUUAGCCUAAUACUAGUACAGUUUCUGAAUUUAAAAAUAUCCUGUAGUAUACAUUAUAUUUGUAGUAGAGCGAAUGUGACAUGUAUCUUACCUAAACCUAAUCUAAUACUGCCUGACAAAGCCAGAGUUGCAGUCUAUCAAGUAUGCACUAUAAGAGAAAAAAAAGACAAAACAAAAAACAGUCAAAUGUUUAGAUUUUCCUCCUGAGCACAAACAUUUUGUGUUUUAGAUCUAGAUUUUGAGAAGCCAUCAUAAAUAUUUAUUGCCUGACUAUGAGAGAAAAACUAUGUUUUUAUUUAUUUAUUUAUUUUUUAAAAGUAAGUUUAUUUUCCUCUAUGCAUCACAUAUUGAGUUUCCUUGAACAUAUACGAUGCUAUUACCUGUGCUGCUUACAUAGACCAAAUGUUGGCUUUUUUUAGUCAAAAGUGAAAACUUAAAUUUUGUCGGCCUCAAAGGUCAUUUUGUAAAUAUGUAAUAUUUAAAGAUAAAUAUAUUCAAUUGGUCAUGCCGACUGGAAGCUA